UAUUACACUCAAAAUCAGAGCGGCGGGUAUUUGUGCGCGUGCUUCUCUAAUUGUUAGACUACAAUAGAGAAUAGAGAGAGCGUAUGCUCGCUUCGAUAUCUCGAGGAGGCCGCUAAGUAAACUACGGAUGCUCUACUGUCCCCGUAAGAACAAAAGGACUCACAACGCUCCCCCAUUGGCCGAGGAGAUUAAACCGGUCAUCACCGCAUGCUUCUUUAUUCGAAUAAUGGCAAUUUCGAAUUUUGAAUUGAUUGAUAAUAACAUUCGGCCAAUUUGCAUUUUCCUGCUGUGUGAGUCAGUCGUGUAGUCAGUUUAUCCGUUUUUGUCUCUAUUUUUUUAAAUUUCGUGCAUCAUUUUGAUUUUGAAUCGAGUUCCAGUUUUGUAACGUUCCUUGUAGAAACCAAGAAAACAUUUUUUCUUAAAUACUCUUAACUCUUUUUUGAACUUUUUUUCGUGGAAAAUGGACAAGGAAAACAUCGAACCUUCUUCGAAUGAACCCCCCUUUCAAAGUCGGAAUUCGUCAAACCGAUUCCACAGUAUUAUUUACCCGCCAUCUAUGACACCAAUGUCUCAACAAACCUUCCCCCCUCAUACUCUGCACCCACAUUACGCAAACGGAGGCCACGUGCCCCAACCUCUCCCUCCACGUCCCAUCCACCAACCAAAUCAUCCUUUUCCUGGAGUUUUCCACUGUGCGGACCCGUUUUCUUAUUAUGUCACAAAUGCACCAGCGCGUGAACAGAUUAACGCGGGUCAAAUGACCUUCAAACCAGUACACGCUCCUGUGUCAAUUCACGAAGCAUCUUCGGGCUAUUAUAGCUCGGAUCUUGUAGCACAAAUCUCAGCAACCCAGUUGGGUGCGUCGAUAAAAUCCGAAAUAAGUCCAAGUGAACUUCACUCGAAUCGUUCUUCGUUGUCGCCUAACGAGAACCUUCAGUGGCUCGGGUCCAACACGAACUCGACCGAAAGCGACUCCAGACCUUGUUCUCAUGCAUCGGGUGGCGUGACCAAACGAACUUCGAAACAGUUAGUUGAGAAGCAGCGACGUGAACGCAUUAACUCAAGCGUGAACGAAUUGAAAUCGCUGUUACUGCAGGACAAACCGAAUAAAAGCUUAGCUCAGGCUAGGUUGGAAAAAGCAGACGUUUUGGAACUGGCAGUCACCAGAAUCAGAGAACUCGAAAAUAUAAAUACCCCAAAAACAGCAUCGAAGUCCAGUUGUUCCUCAAAAUCGGAACAAUCGGAGCAGCAAUUGAAAAGCUCUGUCACCAGAUACGCAGCUGGUUUUGCCCAAUGCACUCAAGAAGUUCUAAGUUUCCUUAAUGUUAGCGAUUUGGAUCCGUCCGUUAAAAUGAAGCUUUGCAACCAUCUUCAGACUUGUAACCGGACCCUGGAAUCGGCAACCAAAAAAGACAACGAACCCGAUAUUAUGGGAAAUUUCGGAAUCAAUCAGAAUCGUCAUAAUUACUCGCAACCACCGAGCGAAAUUAAACGAAGUCCGUUUGCUCCUAUGGGCCAGAUGUAUAACCAGGCAUCACCCCUGUUCCAGCAGAGAAACUCGGGAUCCCAACUCAAAACGCCCCCUCGAGUCCAGAUGUCGCCGGCGACUCCAGUUUCUGUAAAGACCAACAUCAACUACCCAACUACACCACAGCAGUUUCUGCGACCACAGUCGCAUUUAUUCCGACAACCGCAAUUCUCAAAACCCGAGUCACCUUACAACGGGAGUCCGGUUUCCGCAAGUUCGGCAAGCUCCUCGAGCUUCAAAGACUCAUGUCCUGUACUGCUUGGAACAGUCGCGACUCCCCCAACUCCGAAGCAAUCGACGACAACUUCGGUGAAAAGACUCGGAACUACAACUUCAUCCGGACAGCCGAUGUUUGCAAUUUGUUCGACGCCAUCACCACCAACUCGAAAAGGCAACAAGCCGAAGCGAGUUCUGGUCAGGUCAAGUUUAGUCGACAGUCCGAGUUUCGGAGGGGAAGAAAGCAACGAGGAAGAAGAUGACGAGGAGGUGGCGGGGUUCGAACCCAUGUUCGUGCCCACAGGAGUCAAUUCAGAAGACAUUGAAAACGAUGCCACCAAGAAUGUCGAUGGAAAUUGCUGGAGACCUUGGUAAAAAGGCCACAAACUGUAAAGAAAACUUCAAAUUCAAAACUUCAAUAAAACCAAAUAAUCUAAUUUAACCAAUGCUUUAUUUAAACUAGCUUUAUUCUGUGCCUUUUCGAUUUUUUUUCGAUAUUGAUUAUGGUGAUUGUGGACCAUUAGAUGUGUAUUCGAAAACCUUUUGUACUUUCUUUCAUCUUGUUUUGUAUUUUAUUCGCAUGUGUCAAAAACUUUGGAACCCCCAAUUGUAACCAUGGUGCCCAUGGAGCAUCUUUUGAACUAUGUGUU